AUGCACGAACCGCCCAGCACACGCAUCGUAGGAGGUACCGACAUUAGCAUUUCCGAAAUCCCAUUCAUUUGCUCCAUUCGGAAGCUGGAAAAAAUCGGUCACUGGAGCUGGGCCCGUGUGCAUCUUUGUGGCAGCACGGUAGUGACCGAACGAUGGCAGCUUACCUCCGCUCAUUGUGUAUUCGAGAAAGAGCUAGCCAGUUUGCUGAUUGUUUGCGGACUUCGGCAGGUGAGAUCCCUCGAACGAAUUGAAAUGGAACCCGACUAUGCCGACGGUCAGAAGGGCAACGAUUUGGCACUGAUGCUGCUCAAGAAACCGUUGGUAUUCACCGUAAACGUGCAACCAAUUCCCCUUUUUGCUCAACCUAUUUUACCAUUCAGUGUGGCAGCGAUAGUUGGCUACGGAUUGAGUUCGGAUGGCACCGAUGCAUGGUCGACUAGUGGAUUAAAGGCGGCAAUCGUACCGAUUCUUACAUUCGACGAAUGUAGCAAACGCUUGGGAACCUUGGCUGCGUAUCUUACUAGCGAUACUAUUUGCACCGAUAACGGAUUAUCGGCGUCUGGAGCUUGCCUGGGCGAUUCGGGAGGACCGGUCAUAGUUGCUACCGAGCUACAGUCAUUCAAUUUGCUAGCAAUACCUGCCUGGACUGUCACUCCAUGCGGAAGUGGACCUUCGAUGCACACACUAAUUUCAUCUCAUAUCGAUUGGAUUUUGAACAUUAUCACUCCCAACUUGAAAUGA